AUGGCAUUUCUCUUUAAGAGAAACCCUAAGACCCCAAGCGAGCUCGUUAGGGCCCUUAACGACAAUAUUGUUAAGUUUGACGCUGCCUCAGACCGUAAGAAGGUUCAGGAUGAGGCCGCUAGGCUCUUGACGCAGAUGAGACUCGUACUUCAUGGGGAUGAAGAUAUGGAACCACAACCAGAUUUGAUAGCACAAUUAGCCCAUGACAUCUACCAGACUGAUUUGCUCUACUAUUUGAUCUUGAAUUUACACUAUUUGGAGUUUGAUUCUAGAAAGGACGUCUCUACACUGUUUUCGACCCUUUUGCGAAGGCAGAUUGGUAACAGGUCCCCAACGGUGGAUUACCUCUUGGGUAAGCCGAAGAUUAUCACUGCGUUGAUAAAGGGACCAGAAGUGCCUGAAAGCUGUCUGAUAACCGGCGCAAUCUUAAGAGACUGUAUCAAGUUCGAAGCGUUGACCAAGAUGGUGUUGCAAGACCCUGCGGUGUGGAAGUUGUUCGAUUUUAGCUCGAAAGGGACCUUUGAAAACAUGACUGACUCCUUCCAAACACUAAGCGAUUUAUUAUCAGUGCAUAAGAAGUUGGCCGCAGAAUGGUUGGUGAACAAUAACGAUCACUUUACACUCCAGAUAAACAAGCUCAUCAGCUCGAACAACUACGUUACGAAGAGACAGUCCAUAAAGUUGCUUUCAAAUUUGAUAUUAACCAGGCAAAACUCUCAAUUCAUGAACCAGUACGUGAAUAGCGCACAGAAUUUGAAACUCGUUAUGAUCUUGCUCAGUGACAAGUCUAAGAACAUCCAAUUGGAGAGCUUCAACGUCUUUAAAGUAUUUGUGGCUAACCCCAAAAAGUCAAAGACAGUGCUGGACAUCUUGAUCAAGAACAGGGACAAGUUGAUCAUUUUCUUUGACAAUUUUAACUUUGCCGAGCGUAAAGAUGAUCCACAGUUUAAAGAAGAGAAAGAGUUCGUGGUCCAGCAGAUUACAGAUCUACCAAAGAUUGUCACCACACCAAGUGGAACAUCAGGAACGAAUAGUGGGACUACAACACCUGGGGGGAAGAUUUAA